AUGGAUUCUUCUGCGGAUGCUCUCUACCUUUCGUCUCUAAAAUUAGCGGCUGAUAAGUACCGAUCGAUCUUAAACGACGAAAGAACCGGAGAUAUACGGUGGAGAUACGGUGGUCCUCCGAUAUUUGACACUGUGAACAAGCUCUUCGAAGAAGAAAGAACCCAUGUAUGGCCAGAAGGGUCGUUGGAAGAGACAGUUCAAAACGCGAUCAAGUCCUGGGAGAUGGAGUUCUCACACAAGAUCCAUUUACAAGACUUCAAGACGAUAAACCCUGACAAGUUUAAGCUUUUUGUCAAUGGGAGAGAAGGAUUAUCGGCUGAAGAAACGCUUAAGCUUGGGAGUUACAAUGCUUUGCUCAAGAACUCUUUGCCUGAAGAGUUUCAGUAUUAUAAGCCAGAGGAAGAGAGCUUCGAGUCAUCACAUGAUGCCUUUAGAUCAGCUUUACCACGCGGUUUUGCGUGGGAAAUACUGUCUGUGUACUCGGGGCCACCUGUUAUAGCCUUCAAGUUUAGACACUGGGGAUACUUUGAAGGAAAUUUCAAAGGUCAUGCUCCCACUGGGGAAAUGGUUCAAUUCCUCGGUCUGGGAGUUCUAAAGGUUGAUGAAUCGCUUCGAGUAGAGGAGAUUGAGAUUUACUAUGAUCCAGGAGAGCUUUUCGGGGAACUGCUCAAGGGACCUCCUAUAUCAGAGACCAAAACCACAGAAAGUGGAGACAACACCGCAGAGAAACAAAGCUGCCCCUUCAUACAUUAA